CUUGCCUUCGCUGCAAGUUCGCAUUGCGCUGCAUAGCACAACCAUCAGCUGAUCGAUCUACUCUAUCGCAACAUGUCCGAUCAGAUCCCGUCUGACAAGACGUGGCGAGUGUUCGUAGAUCCUGAAGUGUACAUAAACAUGUCUGACUUGACCGGGCCAACCAUCCCAGUACUGGUUGGUCAGGAAACGUUUCACCUCCACAGAAACCCCGUGGUUAGCAGCUCCGAGUUCUUCGCAAAUGCAACAAAAUCGGAAUGGAGGAAUGAUGCUUCCAAGCCUAUUGACUUGUCAGACGAAGAACCGCCUAUCUUCGAAUGCUACCAGCAAUGGCUCUAUACGAAGAAGGUAGCCAUGCCUGAAGAUACCGAAAGCGCAUAUAGGGUAUUGGCCGCUCUAUACGUGCUGGAUGAGAAAAUUGCCGACCAGACGUAUCAAGGGGCCGUCAUCGGGGCAAUCAUAAAUCUCAGUAUUGAUACAGGAAGCUACCCACAGCAAGCCGCGGUGCGAAGGAUCUAUCAGAACAUAACUACCAACUCUCUUGCACGCCGCCUGUUUGUUGACUUCUGGGCUUACAACGCGAUGCCUGGUUGGUCUGGGAUCAACAAGCUACGCACCGCCACCUGCGACGAGUUUGUCGAUGAUCUCAUUCCUGCCAUGAUUAAGGCGCGUAGCAAACCUAACAAAAAGGUUGUGAGGCCUUGGGUUGAAAACAGGGACUCUUAUUAUCCCCGUGUUGCCAUCGAGCCGAACGAAAACUAAUAGCCAUGAAAGCCUCCCAACCAGAACAACAAUGGGCGCAAUGCAGAUUGUAACUUACCCAUCAGGAUCUAAUAAUGCUUCAAAGAAAGCGUGUAGCUGACCAAAGCAGGUCGGUCUCUUCACGGCCCCAGUACAUUGGCGCACAGCUCAGAGUUCCUCGAGGUUGUGCUUAUGAAAGGCUUUGUUCACACAUUCGUCAUACAAUAUUG